UUAUCUGUAAAUAAAUACAUAUUUGAAAACCUGUUAUCUAAGCAUUUUAAAUAAUUAUAUUACUGCGAUGUUUCCAAGAUGGGACAAAUGGGAAGCAAUUGGUUUUUAUAUUUGUCAGUACUUUCUGUUAACCUUAUGACGUAUACCUCCAACAUCGGAUCAUCUUGGACUUCGCCCUUUUUACCAAAACUAAAAGGAGUUUGGGGCCCAGAAAAUAAUCCUCUACCAGAACCGAUCACAGUUCUUGAGGAAUCAUGGAUAACAACCAUUAUAAGUCUUGGAUCACUAUGUGGACCACUUUUUACGGGACAAAUUGCCAAUAGGAUUGGAAAGAAGAUGACUUUAGUAUUAUUUUCAAUACCGAUGCUACUAUCUAAUGUAUUGUUAAUUUUUGCGAAUAGGAUCUUCCACUUUUAUAUUGCUAGAUUUUUAUGUGGCUUGGGAUUUGGUUGUGUCUAUUGCAUAGUUCCACCUUUUGUAGCUGAAAUAUCUAAUGUAUCGAAUCGAGGCAAAAUGGCCUUACUCUUAACGUUUAUGAAUACUCUUAGUCACGUUAGCGUAGUUUCCAUUGGACCGUACGUGUCUGUGCGAACAUUUGCCUACUUAAGUCUAAUACCUUCUUUGCUAUUUUUUAGUACUUUUCUUCCCUUUGUACCCGAAAGUCCCUGUUACUACGUUUCUAAUAAAGACACUGACAAAGCUAUGGAAUCUUUACAAAAGUUUCGCCAAAAAGAAGAUGUUAAGGCUGAAUUAAACGAAAUUGUUAUAAAUCUUGAACAUACACAAGAAAAAGGUAGUUUUAAAGAUGUGCUAGCUUCAAAAGUUGUGCUAAGAGGUCUACUUAUAACUAUUUGCCUAAUGUUAGGCCAACAGUUAAGUGGUAUAGCGCCGAUCAAUGCUUACCAACAAGACAUUUUUCGUUCUACCAGCAGUACCAUUCCAAGCGAGAUUUCAGUAAUUAUAGUAGCAAUAGCUCAAUUAUUUACUGUAUUUCUGGCCAUAGGACUAAUCGAUAGGUUGGGAAGAAAAAAAUUAUUACUGAUUUCAUAUUCGGGUAUACUGAUAUCUCUAAUCAGUGUCGGUACCUACUUUUUUCUGCAAGAGCAAAAUAUCAAUAUGGAUAGUAUAUUCUGGCUUCCAGUAACUAGUACGUGUUUGUUGACGGUCAGCUUUCGGUUUGGUUCUGGCCCAGUAACAUGGUCCUUUGUUGCCGAAAUAUUUCCAUCUAAUUUAAAAAAUACGUUAACACCGAUCGUCACAAUUUCAAUGGUUCUUUUCGGUUUUGUUGUUACCUUUACUUUUCCUCUGAUGUUUAUGUAUUUAGGACAGUCAUUUACUUUUUGGACAUUUGCUGCUUGUACUAUGAGUAUACUUUUGUUUAUUUAUUUUUAUGUACCUGAGAUAAAAGGAAAAUCAUUUUUAGAAAUUCAAAAUAUGUUAAAAAGAUAAUUUAAUUAUAAUAAUUACCCAAAAUAGUAAUGUUGAAAUAUAGGUUUUGUAUUUGUAA